AUGGCGACCACCUUUGAGCCGGGAACCCGCUGUUGGGUACCCGAUGAUAAAGAAGGCUGGCUAGGUGUUGAAGUCACCAAAGCCUCCAAUAACAACUCCAAGCACCAAAUUGAGCUGGUCUCGGAAGACGGAAGAACUUUUAACAUCGAAACUGCGAAUUUGGACGAAACGAACACGGAUUUGCCUAUGCUGAGAAACCCCACUGAGGCUGUUGAAGAUCUGACUGAAUUGUCGUAUCUAAACGAGCCUUCUGUUUUGAAUGCCAUUAAAGUCCGCUACUCUCAGUUUGAAAUCUAUACCUACUCCGGUAUUGUGCUCAUUGCGGCCAAUCCAUUCGAGAGAAACGAUGAAUUGUACGCUCCUCACAGGAUUGAGAGGUAUGCGGGAAAGAGAAGGGGCGAGGAGGAGCCCCAUCUGUUUGCUAUUGCCGAAGAUGCUUACAGAUGUAUGAAGACCGAUGGAAAGAAUCAGUCUAUUGUUGUUUCUGGUGAGUCAGGUGCUGGAAAGACGGUGUCUGCAAAGUACAUCAUGAGAUACAUGGCCUCUGUCGAGUCUGAUGGCGAUCAUGAAAUGUCUGAGGUUGAAAAGCAGAUCUUGGCCACUAAUCCUAUCAUGGAGGCUUUUGGUAAUGCGAAAACCACUAGAAAUGACAACUCUUCGAGAUUCGGAAAGUACCUUGAGAUCUUGUUCAACAAGGACACCGUCAUCACCGGUGCCAGAAUAAGAACUUAUCUGCUGGAGCGCUCCAGGCUUGUUUUCCAGCCAAAGAUUGAGAGAAAUUACCAUAUUUUCUACCAGAUCAUGGAAGGGUUGGACCAAGACUCCAAGGAGAAAUUCGGUCUUACCAAGACAGAAGAUUUCCACUAUUUGAACCAGGGUGGCAUUCCACGAAUUGCAGGUGUUGAUGAUGCCAAAGAAUUCAAGGAGACUUCGGACGCUUUGAAACUUAUUGGCGUUAACGAGGAAACACAGCUACAGAUCUAUAGGAUGCUGGCGGCUUUGCUGCAUCUGGGAAACAUCGAGAUUAAAAAGACCAGAAACGAUGCCUUUUUGUCUGCUGAUGAGCCAAGUUUGGUUAAAGCCUGUGAGCUUUUGGGAUUGGAUCCGAACAAUUUCAGUAAGUGGAUUGUAAAGAAGCAAAUUACCACAAGAUCCGAGAAGAUCGUGUCAAAUCUGAACUAUCAACAGGCGAUCGUUGCCAGAGACUCUGUUGCUAAGUACAUAUACUCUUCGCUUUUUGAUUGGCUUGUGGAAUACGUCAAUGCCGAUUUGUGUCCCCCAGCCGUUGCUGAGAAUAUCAAAUCCUUCAUUGGCGUAUUGGAUAUUUACGGAUUCGAGCAUUUUGAGGUGAAUUCUUUCGAGCAGUUCUGUAUCAACUAUGCCAACGAGAAGCUGCAACAAGAGUUUAACCAACACGUUUUCAAGCUCGAGCAAGAAGAGUACAUACGGGAAGAGAUCGAAUGGUCCUUCAUUGAGUUCUCCGACAACCAGCCUUGUAUUAGUUUGAUUGAGAACAAGCUUGGUGUGCUUUCACUCUUGGAUGAGGAGUCUAGACUCCCUGCUGGUAAUGAUCAAUCAUGGGCUGACAAGAUGUUCCAGACGCUCGCCAAACCACCUACUGACAAGGUCUUCAAGAAACCUAGAUUUGGAAACAACAAGUUCAUCGUUGCGCAUUAUGCCUUGGAUGUUCCUUAUGAUGUGGAGGGUUUCAUUGAGAAAAACAGAGAUACAGUUUCAGAAGGUCAUUUGGAUGUCCUUGCUGCCACUUCUGACCCUCUUCUCAAACAGGUGUUGGAAACGGUUGAAAGGGCUGCCGAAAAGGUUGCUGCAGAGCAGGCAGCUAAUGCUUCUGCUCGCCCAGGGAGAAAAGUUGUGAACAGAAAACCAACUUUGGGAUCUAUUUUCAAGGCUUCUUUGGUGGAGCUCAUGGACACAAUCAACUCCACCAAUGUUCAUUACAUCAGAUGUAUAAAGCCCAACGAAGAGAAGAAAGCAUGGGAGUUUGAUCCGGUCAUGGUUCUGUCGCAACUGAGGGCCUGUGGUGUUCUUGAAACGAUUAAGAUCUCAUGUGCUGGAUAUCCCUCACGGUCUCCAUAUGCUGAAUUUGCGAAGGCGUAUUCGAUUCUCUUACACUCGAGCGAGUGGCAGAAGUUUGUGACCGGAUUCCCAAGCGAAUCUGAUGCCAGAAACUUGUGUCAGAAGAUUUUGGCUGUGUCUAUUGAUGAUCCAAUGAAAUACCAGCUUGGUAGCACUAAGAUCUUUUUCAAGGCCGGAAUUCUAGCUUUUUUGGAAAAGCUCCGUUCCCAAAAGGUUCACCGUUCUGCCGUUACUGUUCAGAAGUACAUUAGAGGUUCAAACGCUCGUCGUGAGUAUUCUGCAACGAUGGCCUCUCUUGUGGCUACACAGUCUUUGGUGCGUGGCUUUCUGACGCGUGCCCGUGUCACUAGAGAAAGACAGCUUCACGCAGCUACGCUGCUUCAGACAAUUUCGAGAGGCUUUUUGGCUAGAAAGAAGGUCAGCGCCGCAUUGGUUUCAGUUAUCAGAGUUCAAUCUGUCGUCCGUGGUCAUCAGACUAGACUCAGAGUGAUGAGACAGCGUCACGAAGGUGCUGCUAGGUGCCUUCAAACUGUUUGGAGAACAUAUUCGGCCAAGCGUGCGUAUGCAACCAAGAUGCAUUCUAUUGUGUUGAUUCAGAGUCUGAUCCGCAGAAAGCAUGCCAUUGCAGAGCUCAAGCAGUUGAAGGUGGAAUCCAAGUCGGUCGAUCACAUGAAGAAACUUCAGUACAACCUUGAAAACAAAAUCAUUGAUUUGACCCAGCAGUUAACAGGCAAGAACGAUAACAUCAAGUCACUUGUUCGUGAGAUUGAGAGUCUGAAACUGCUAGCGGAAGAAGGAAAGCAACACCAGGAGACCUUCAAGCAAAAAGAGGUAGAACACCAGAAGUCUUUGGACGUUGUCCAUGCCACACACUUGGAGAAAGUGGGUGGCUUGACUGAUGAGCUGGAACGGGCCAAGAAAGACCACGAAGAAGCUCAAAGCAAGAUUAGCCAGUUGUUGGACGAGAAGACAAGUUUGAAGGAGGAGAUUGAAGGUCACAAGAAAGAGCUCGACAGGGUGAAGCAAUUGGCCCAAGACAAAGACGUCACCAACAGAGAACUCAAUGUUACUGUUGAGAAGCUCAAGUCGGAACUUGAAGAGCUCACAAAGCAAAUUCAAAGUGGAAGAGUUGCCAGUCUUGGUCCAAGCGCUGCCUCCAGAGGCAUCAUCAAUGGUGGAUCUCCAAGUAUUUCGUGGAACUCGACUCAUGAUACCUACACGAGACCAGUUUCCUUCAACGGAUCUUCGAAUGGAGAGAUUCCAAAUGUUGAGGCAAUUGAGACCGAGCUGUGGAACUCAUACAGAGACACCAAGAUCCUGCACAAGGAAAUCAUCGACGGUUUACUAAAGAACAUGAAGCCUCCAGUUGCGACUGUUGCUCUUGAACUGACCAAGAAGGAGGUUCUGUUCCCUGCACGCAUCAUUAUCAUCAUUCUGAGUGAUAUGUGGAGAUUGGGAUUGACUGGAGAGAGUGAGAAAUUUUUGGGUGAAGUUCUUUCUGCCAUUCAGACAGUUGUGGGAAGUCUGAAAGAAGACGAUAUUAUCUCACAUGGAGCUUUUUGGCUCACUAACACGCAUGAGUUAUACUCUUUCAUUUGCUACGCUCAGUCUAUGAUUGUGGGAGAUGAGAAUGCCGCCAACUCCAUGACCGAGGGUGAGUACGAGGAGUAUCUUCAGCUGGUUGCUGUGAUCAAGGAGGACUUUGAAUCGCUGUCAUACAAUAUUUACAACAUGUGGAUGAAGAGAAUGCAAAAGAUGCUGGAGAAGAGAUGUAUCUCAGCUGUUGUUCUGACCCAGUCUUUACCCGGUUUUACUGCCCCAGACAAUCUGAUGCAAAAGGUGUUCUCGAGCAGUUCCCAGUAUAAAAUGGAUGACAUUUUGACGUUUUUCAACCACGUUUACUGGUCAAUGAAGGCCUAUUUCAUAGAGCCAAGCAUUGUUAGCGAGGUGAUAGUGGAACUGUUGAAGUUUGUGGAUGCCUUCUGUUUCAAUGAUCUGAUCAUGAGACGUAGUUUCUUGUCCUGGAAACGUGGUCUACAGAUAAACUACAACGUGACCAGACUCGAAGAAUGGUGCAAGGGUCACGAUAUUCGUGAGGGAUCUACCUACUUGGCCCAUUUGUUGCAAGUGGCCAAACUGUUGCAACUGAGAAAAAACACUCCAGACGACAUCGAGAUAAUCUAUGAGAUCUGUUAUGCUUUGAAGCCAAGUCAGAUCCAGAAGGUGGUCGCCAAUUACUACAUUGCCGAUUACGAGACUCCGCUGCCCCCAGCUGUGUUGAAGGCUGUUGCCGAUAAAGUCAAACAGCAGGGCGGAAAUGCCACCCAGUACCUUGAGCCUGUUAACAACACUGGCAACUUCGAGGAUCCUUUCAGGAAGAUCGAGAAGAGGCCUUUUGCCAACGUCGAGGCCUACGUUCCAUCCUAUUUGAAUGUGCCACACUUGAGGAGAAUCAUCGAGCUCGUUUCCAAGAACGCCAUUGCUCAGCAGAUGCUUGAGUCUGCUGAGAGUACUUUGGUCUCAAACGAGGAAGGGGUUGUUGCGAACUAG